AUGACGGAGGUACCACAAAAUUUCCUCAGUCAGUCUAUACCAUUCACUUCACGACACCAGGAAGGUCAAAGCUUUCUCAUUGAAGGCAACAAUGCCACAGCCGAGUCAGCAACAGGUGAAUAUAUCUCGCAGGCACUUCUCAAUGCGAUGAAACUUGUUGGACAGCUCCGCUUCUCCGGAAUUGCAUCUGACAGUGCUGGGAACACGAAAUUGGCACGACAAUUGGUCUGCGCUGCGGUGCCCACCAUCAUACCCAUGGCAGAUGUAUGUCACCAUCUCAACCUCUUGUGCAAAGAUCUCUCGCAACUUUCAAUGUUUACGACAGGUAAGUUUUUGAAGUUAGUCAUCAAACAUAUUCGAGCUAUCGUGUCGUUUUUCCGCAAGUCAACUCAUGGAACUUACCAAUUGAGUAAGAUUCAUGAAUGCCUGAAGAUAUCACGAGGGCUCGAGGGCAUUGGAAAAACUCGGUUUGCCACCAUCUGUGCAUCAGCUAUCUCUGUACAAUGGUGCCUUCCAGCAUUGAGGGAGCUCGUCGACAACCCACAAAAAUUCAAGUUCCCACCAAAGAAGGCUAGCAUGGUUGACCUCCUGAAGAAGCAUAGUCAUGCAGGUACUCUGUUUGAACUUGAUCUCAAUCAUUUAGUCAAGGUCCAGAGCCCAAUUGCGAAGUCUAUCGUAUGCCUCGAAUCUUCUCAAUCGGUUUUCUCACUCAUAUAUAUUUUUACAUACCUACUCGGUAGCGCUUCGGCUCCGCAUGAGCGCGCUUAG